AUGUCGCUCGGCAGGGCUGUGCCCUGGGCCAGCUGGGCCGAAUGGCGCCAAGUCGGCCUUUGGCUGCUGUCUGAGACGCCCGAGGAGGUGCAGCGGGGGCUGGACAGGGUGAGCGGGGACCCGCAGUCCGCACUGGGCACGCCGCCAGGCGCCAUGCACGUCCUGGACACCGCCUGCCUUGUGGAGGCCCGCCAGCACGACCGGGCCGCAGCGGGCGGCGACGGUAGUGCUGACGCGAGCGGCACCAGUGCGCCGCUGCCACCCGCCCACCUGGCGGCCAGCGAAAGCGAGCUGAGGCUGCAGUACGGGCUGGCGGUGGUGCGGAUGGUCAACGGCAUAGCCGACUCGUCGCAGCGAGGCCGCGUGGCGGCGUCUGUGGCAAGCUUGGCCGCGGUGGCAGGCCUGCCCCGCAUCCUGGUGGACCUGCGCCACGAGGCCACACACAACGAGCUGCCCUCGCUGGCAGCCCUCAGGCUGGCCGCGCAGCACGGCCUGGCCUGGCUGCAGGCCAACUACUGGCAGCGGCAGAGCGACCACGUGCACGCGGCGGCCGACAGGGUCCAAGCCAUGGAGUACCUGCUGCUCCACCGGGCGGCGGCGGCCAAGGUGGCGGCCUCGGCGGCAGCAGCCGAGUCAGAUGGCGACGACAGCGGGGAGGAGGAGGCGCAGGGCGGCAGCGCUCCGGGCGCGGCGGCGGCGGCAGCGGCCGCGGCAGCGGCCGCGCUCAGCACGGGGCGCAGGCGCGCGGGCGCGCCAGCUGCAGCCGCCUCUGCUGGCGGCGGCGGCGGCGGCGGCGGCGGGGCCGCUCUUAGCGCUUCCGCUGUGGGCGCAGGCGGCGCCUACCAGGCUGCGGAUGCCAAGAAGCGGCGGCGGCAGCUGCUGGCGGAGCUCAGGUCUGCAGUGCCUCGCCCCGCGGCGGCGCUGCUGGCGGAUGCACUGCUGGCAGCCACUGCCUCGCUGGCUGGCGCCAGCGACGCGGUGGCGGGCGGGGACGCCGAGGCAGCUGCAGGCAGGCCGCUGCAGGCGGCAGGCGGCACCGUGGGCGGCGCAGCUGCGGGGGAUGCGGCUGUGGCAGACCGGGCACUGGCCGCCUGCAUGGGACACCUGACGGGUCUGUGGCCCCAGCUGCCGCCGCUGCUGCUGCUUGGGGCUGUGACGCGGCUGGUGGCGGCGGCGGAUGGAGCAGGGGCAGCAGAGGUGGCAGGCGGCGGCACUGCUGGCGAAAGCGAGGCCUCACUAGCGUCGCACCUCAGCUGGCUGCGCCGCCUGCUGCCCUGUGCCGGCGGCGGCCUGCUGGCUGCCUGCGGCAGCUGGAAGCCCAGCACAGACCUGCUGCGGCAGCUGCUGGCGGCAGCGCUGCCAGCCCAGGCCGCCGCGGCGCACCUGGCGGCGUGUCGGGCGUUGCAGCAGCCUGACGACAGCGGCAGCGGGGCCGGCGCCGGCGGCACCAGCCCGGCCGCAGAGGCGCUACAGCAGGCGGUCUCUCUGCUGCUUGCGUCUGCCAAGGCAACCCCCGGAGCGGCGGCGGCUGUGUCGGCUGCUGGCAGCCUGGUGAGCCUGGAUCCGGCGGCAGCGGCGGCUGCCGACGCGGCGGCACCCCCUGGUGUCGACAGCGGCCCCCUGGAGCAGCUCACAUCCGCAGCAUGGCAGCAGCAAGACCUGCUGCAGCGCCUGCAGCAGCAGCAGCAGCAGGGGCCAGGCAGCGCGGCCGCCAAGCGUGCGGCUGGAGAGCAGCCGCGGGAGGCUGGGAGUGGCGGGGCGAAGCGGUGGCGGCGUGCUGCCAGCUGGCGACCGUGCGCGCUGGGCAUGCUGCCCUGCGCAGCAGAUCCCAACGGCCGACUGCCGCCGCUGGAGGCUCCGCCCCCGCUGCGCCUCCCGCCCGCCUUCCUGCAGCAGCAGGCUGCCGACACAGCUGCAGCCACCAGUGCAGCAGCAGCAGCAGCAGGGGCAGCGGCAUGGGCGGGCGCGGGCGGCGGCUCCUCCCAGCAGCAGGCGGCCCUGGUGCGGGAGCAGCAGCAGCAGCUGGCAGAGGCGGCUGCGGCUCUGGAUGCGGCGCCGGGCACCGCCAGGCCCUGGCCCGCAGUCGACCGCUUUGCUGCGGCUGCUGCCGCAACAGGCGAGGCCGAAAGCACGGCGGCGGAGCAGCAGGCAGCAGCUGGGGCGGUGCCGCCGCGCGUGCUGCUGCCGGCGCACUGCUCGCCCCUCAUCUAG